AUGUCGACUACAACCACAAUCACUCCAGAGGAAAUCCAAGCUUUGGACCUAGACCUCCUGACAGUCCCAAAAAUCAAAUGCAUCUGCAUUGCCGCUUUAACGCUCUUUACUUGGGACUUGAAAACACUAGUCUUGACUUUUCCUCACGAGAAUGCCAAAUGGACGUUUGCAAAAGUUCUAUUUUUCGUGAAUCGAUACUUUGCACUUGGGACAGUUAUCCUAAUAACAUUUUUGACGUUCGAUGUUACACCCACAUGGGCUAUAUGUGAGCUCAGACAUCUUCAUCCCUUAACCUCCCUCAUGGAAAUGUUAGGUUCUGCAAAUACUAUCUUUGCUGUCAUCGUGGCCAACAUCGAAAUGAUUCUCCAACUUCGAUUAUACGCACUGUACGCCUAUGAUAAGAGAAUUGUCCUCCCUGUGUCAGCAUUAUUUGUCGCGGUCUUCAGUGGUAUGAUGGUGAUGGCAGUGAUCAUAUAUCAGUAUGAGAACAACCACAAAGCUGAGAUCUUUGGUGCAUGUGCCAUACUUGGGGUGCCAAUGAUGGGCUUAGACCUUGUUCUUGUCCUGUUAGCAGGCUACAAAUCUCUUCAGCAUUAUUUCCAGGUACCGGACAAGACUUGGUCUGGUGCACGUCUUAUGCGUACCUUUGCGCGAGACUCGAUUAUUUAUUUCCUUUGCACCUUGCUGGGCAGAUUCGGCCCUGGUGAGUAUUACCAACUUGGCGCGAUCACGGUCACAGUUGUCCCACCUAUAUCGGCGAACCGUCUCCUCAUCAACAUGUAUGACUCGGCACACGCCGAGCAAGAGAGAGAUACGAGAGUACACCACGAUGACAUAGAGCUCGCAUCCAUAAGUAUGGAGGAAACACCGGAGAACCCGGUGAAUAGUUGUUUUACACCUGUGUUCGCGGCGAGCCGCGGCGAGCGCCAGUCCCCGACUCCGUUGUUCGGCAAAUUCCUCCAUUUGAUUCCUUCCUCCGAAGCACGCAAGCUUGUACAUGUUGUCUUCAUCGGCAUCGCCACUGACGCAGCAAGUCCUCGACUUCCUUUGGCUACGCCAUAUUAUAUCUUUCAGUCCAUUUUCCCUCGCACUUUUGCGUACAAGACCCAUUCACACAAGAGGUCCACGUCCUUUAGAAACCAUCUGAACUUUGUUCACGAUGUACAACAACAACAAUAUUCCAUAGGCGUGCCACAGAAGGCCCCCGGAUUUGAUACCGGAUGUCCAUAAGCACCUAUCCAGGGUAGAUAUAUAAGGCGUUUGGGGGACCACCCUUAAUCAAACUCGCGCACCUUUGACAAUCCUCCAUCUCGAAUCAGGUCUCACUAAUGUGUACUAUUGGCGUGAUCGCUCAUCUAUCAGCGUACCCAGUCAAAAGGGAUCUUGCUGACUAGGUACUGGUAGAAUGUUGUCGUUGAGAUCCGAACAUCGGCGCAUGCUACUGAAUGGCGAUUGUGAAUGCACUGCACAUGAGACGGGUAUGCAAUCCAUGUUCUUUAAUGAGGUUGGUUCAGCAGCCAUUAUGAUCGCCAGCCAGGUGCAAGUCGAGGGAGUCCAUCGCUGGAAUGAUGCUUAGACUCAAGAUGACCCACUUCCGACGACCGACUUUCAUUCAACUGUCGUGUAUCACUGUAACAAUGUCAUGAUUACAGCAGUUUGCGAAACUAAUGGCACUGGCGUA